AUGAAUACAAUGAAAAAAGAGGAGGAUGGCGCUGGCAAUCCGAAAGUUCCAGCUGAUCAAUUUGAAGAUAAGAAAGCUAACGCGAAGGCUGUAGCAGAAUCCUCGCACGUAGUUCCUCAAGCAAAGCCCGAAGUAAAAAGUUCAGGACACCAACAUCAUGCAAGCAACUUAAUUAGUGCGACACUUCAAAAAAUGUUUCAUUUUGAUAAUGUGUCUGGUCAAGCGAAGUCUGCGAAAAGUUCAAAAGCUUCAUCAGGAGGCUCGGAAUCCGAUGAAGACGGCAAUAAACCAGAUCAUUCAUCAGUUUCGACGUCUGUACCACAAAGUGCCAGUUCUGCUAAGAGUACGACAGCUCCAAAGCUAAGGUUUCAAAAAGCAGCUAAUGGCACGCAUGUUCAUAAUCUUUCACCAAGGAAAACGCAUCGAAUGCAAAGCCUAUUUAAAGAAUUUGGUCUCAAUGCUCAUGUCCCGGUGGAAGAGCAACAAACUCACCAUGUGCGACCAUCUUCCCGUAAUACCAGUACUGAGGGUUCCCUAGCGGAAAAAUAUGGAAAAUGUCAGGAAGUAAUAGGGAGGGGUGCAUUCGGUAUUGUUCGUAUUGCUCAUAAAACGGAACCAAAAGUCCCUGGCGAAAAACUAUUUGCUGUCAAGGAGUUCAAAAAACGAAAUAAUGAACCCAAUAAAAAAUACAUCAAACGUCUUACUUCUGAAUUCUGUAUAUCUUCUUCACUUCAGCAUAUUAAUGUUAUCGAUACGUUAGAUCUUCUUCAAGAUACGCAGGGAAAUUAUUGUGAGGUUAUGGAAUAUUGUGCUGGCGGUGAUCUUUAUUCUCUUAUUGUUAAUUCUGGUUGCUUGGAGACUGAAGAAGCAAAUUGUUUCUUUGGUCAAUUAAUUAAUGGUGUCAAGUACCUACAUGAUAAUGGGGUUGCUCAUCGUGAUCUCAAACCUGAGAAUCUCUUGCUCACUUCAAAGGGAUGCUUAAAAAUCACCGAUUUUGGCAAUGGUGAGUGUUUCCGCAUGGCAUGGGAAACACGAGCUCACCUAUCACGUGGUAUUUGUGGCAGUGAGCCUUAUAUUGCACCCGAAGAAUUUACAGAAGUCUGGUUUGACCCUAGACUUGUCGAUGUGUGGGCCUGUGGUAUUAUAUAUAUGGGCAUGAUAACUGGACGACAACUAUGGCGAAUCGCCAAGGCUCAGGAAGAUAAUAACUUCAAAGUAUAUCUACAAGCAAGAUCUCAUGGCGAGACGUUAGCACCAUUUCAAGGAUUGUGCAUUAGACGACGUCACAUAAUUGGCAGGAUAAUAGAACCGAAUCCAAAGCAGCGUAUGACCGUGGAACAAAUUACAAAAGAUCCAUGGUUUGCCGGACUUAAUAUUUGUUGUAAACCUCCACCAAACAAUAUUGGUUGUUCUAUAAAUCCUGCCAACGUAACAUGUGGAGCCAAUCUAACCAGUGAUCAACAAAUGACAAACAUCAACAAUAAUAGAAGUGUGGCUAAUAUGGUGCUAUAG